AUGCCUGACUGCCAUGGCAAGGCAGGUUGCGUCCAGCCCUAUUGUCUGACGAGUCAGCAGGGCUGGCCUGUGGUAUGGGUGAGGCUUCCAAGAAUCUGCAGCCUUCACGGCUCUAGUCAGAGAAACAUUUUGCGAUCUAUCAGCGAAUAUAGGAUGUUAUGUAGUCCUGUUGGGAAGGAGAAAAGACGCACAUACCUUGGAGUGCCACCUGUUGCAGCGGACCCCCUGGUGCGCAUCGAACGUCCGACGUCGUCGUCUGCCAUCGUUCGCUGGGCGCCCACCAGGGGGGAGCAGCAGAAGCGGGGCAACAGAGGCGUCUCCGGCCAGCUGGUGGUGCGCUACGACGUGGACCGCGACGCCAGUCCCAGCCAGAUACUCGUGAGCGAUGGCGGCUACUUUGUGCACUUCUACGCUCCUGCCGGACUGCCGCCGCUCCCAAAGCACGUCGUCUUCGUGCUCGAUGUCAGCGGCUUGAUGCCCGGCCACAAGAUGGAGCAGCUCAAGACGGCCAUGAGCACCAUCCUGGAAGAGCUCAACGCCGGCGACCUCUUCUCCCUCAUCCCGUUUUGUUCUGCAGUGCAGCCUAUAUACACGUACAUGUUCAGUGCACUGAGGAAAGCGCUGCGCGUGUCCAAAAAGAGGGCGGCAAGUGCGGGCGGCAGCUUGGGGACGGGGCGGCGUCGUCAUGGUCCCAUCAUGAUGAUGCUGCUGACAGAUGGUGAGGCCAACGGCAGGGUGUGCAACACGUACGACAUCUUGCGUUGCGUCAUGGCGCGCCACCUAAUGUCGAAGGCCGCGAUCUUCAUGUUGGCCUUUGGUACGGACGCCAAUUACAGCUACCUGCGCCGCCUCGCACUGCGCAAUAGCGGCAUCAGCCGCAGGAUCUACGAGGCCGCUGACGCCCACCUGCAGUUGCGCAGCUUCUACCGACAGAUCGCCUCGCCGCUCCUCACUCACGUCAAGUUCAGCUACGAGGUUCAGCAGGUGGACGAGAAUUCGCUGACGAAGGCGAGAUUCCCGACGCUUUUCGGCGGCUCGGAGCUGGUGGUGGCGGGUCGCCGAGUCCCUGGGGUCAGGCGUUUGUUGUGUGGCGUGACGAGCAGGGCUGGCCGCGCAAGGGACGCGGUGCCACAGCCAGCGGUGGCCAACGUGACGUCAGCGGAGCGGCUGUGGGCCUACCUGACGGUGCGGCAGAUGCUGGAGCACGGCGCAGCCGCGCCCAACGACACUGUCCGCGUCAGGGCCAAGGACAUCGCUCUCAGGUACUCGUUUGUGACAUCCGUUACGUCACUGGUGGUAGUCAAGCCGACCGGAACUUCAGCAGUCAACUUCGAAGACCCCGAGGUACCAAGAGGUAAUUGUCUUCCACUGAUAUAG